AUGCUUUUCAAAUCUGUCGUUGCUUCUGCCCUGAUCUCAGGUUGUGUUGUCUCUGCUGACGAUUCGUCAUCUUCGUGGACCACUUUGACCCCCACCAAGACGUUUGCCGGUGCUGCCACCGCUUACUCGACCGGAUUUGGUAUUGCCGUCCAGCCUGUGGCCAAUGCGUCCGGUGCCUCGUCUGCUUCGUCUGCUACGACCACUGCCGGCAACGCCAAGAGAGACGCUGUCUCCCAAAUCGGCGAUGGACAAAUCCAAGCGUCCACCACUACCACCCAGAAAUCGUCUGCUGCUACGUCUCAGAGCACAUCCACUGCUGGUGCCGCCUCUCAAAUCACCGAUGGUCAAGUCCAAAACACUUCUGAGAAGCCUGUGGCCUCCAGCUCCAGCACCGGUACCUCUUCUGCUGCUGCUGCUUCCCAGGUUUCCGACGGUCAAAUCCAACAGUCGUCUAGUGCUAAGCAGACCACUACUCUAUCUUCCAACUCUGCUGCUGCCUCUGCUUCAGGCUCCGCAGAAUCUGACAUCAAAGUCGUUUCUUGCAAAAACAGCGGCACUUUGGAAAUGAGUCUAGAGAACGGUAUUCUAAAGGACUCCAAGGGCAGAGUAGGUUCCAUCGUUGCCAACAGACAAUUCCAAUUCGAUGGUCCUCCUCCACAGGCUGGAGCUAUCUACGCUGCGGGAUGGUCUAUCACCCCAGAUGGUAACUUGGCCAUUGGCGACAAUGACGUUUUUUACCAAUGUUUGUCCGGUAGUUUCUACAACUUGUACGACGAAACUAUUGGUAGCCAGUGUGCUCCAGUGCAUUUGGAAAUCGUCAAGCUCGUCGACUGCUAA